GGCCUAGCUGUCAGCUGUUGAUCCCUCUGUUUUCAAACGUUUCAGAACUCGGUCUUCCAGAACGGAUUACUUUCGAAAACCAAGGUAGCACUGUAGUUUGCCAGGAACUUCAGCAGCAAGAUGCAUACUGUAUGCUUUUUUAUUUUUCAGAAUGGUUUUGAUUUAGUUAAUAAGUGUUUGAUGACUUCCUCCUGCUGCAUUAGACUCAGGGAUAGGUAAGAUCAGUAAACAGUCCUGCUCUUGCAGAGUUGACUGUCUGCUAGGGUGGAUAGCUUCACUCAAAGGUAACUCCAAGUUAAGGUACAUUUUUCCAUGUUAAAUAUGUAAAAUCACUAAUAAGUGCACAAAAGUGGAGAUGUGAGAGAUUGUCAUAGCACAUCUAGGGUCCUGAUUUUGAAACUAAGAGAGGAUGAUGUGCAGUGUAGAAUUGAUGCAACUUAGUGAGUAGUUUUGGGGGGAAAAGUGUAGGAGGAGGAUUUGUUUUCAAUCUUUUAAGUUGCAGAAUGAUGGAUAUACCAGCUAGUUCCUAAAGAUUUUUUUUAUGUUUUCUAAGUAAGUCCCACAACUCUACUUGUAUUUCCCUGCAUGUAUUUGGUGUUAAUAAGUAUGUUUUGAAGGUUUUGAAUCAUCAUGUUUGCAGCACAUUAUUUGUACACAUUUGAGGCAGGCUCUUGGCUACGUCAGAACCGAUGCUCUGGUCGUAUGGUUUCGGAGACCUUUGGAGGUAGCUGCCCAUGACUUACUAGUGCUGGCCCCUUCUGUGUGGCCACAUCAGCCAUAGUGCACCAAUGAUAAUGUGUUUUAGAAAUGGUUGUUAAACUUUGAUUUGAGUGAAAAAUGUCUCUCAAUCCACCUAUAUUUCUCAAAGAAAGCGAAGAAAAUAACUCAAGAUUUGUGGAAAUACAACAGUCACAAACUACUUCCAUAGCUGCGGAAGAUCCUCUUCAAAACUUACACUUAGCAUCUCAAGAAGUUCUUCAAAAAGCUCAGCAAAGUGGGAGAUCAAAAUGCCUUAAAUGUGGUGGUUCAAGAAUGUUCUACUGCUAUACAUGUUAUGUCCCAGUUGAAAAUGUACCUAUGGAACAAAUGCCGCUUGUGAAGCUUCCCUUGAAGAUUGACAUCAUUAAACAUCCAAAUGAAACAGAUGGCAAAAGUACAGCUAUACACGCAAAACUCUUAGCCCCUGAAUUUGUAAAUAUUUACACAUACCCUUGCAUUCCGGAAUAUGAAGAAGAGGACCAUGAAGUUGCUCUCAUUUUUCCUGGGCCUAAGUCUGUCUCAAUUAAAGAUAUUUCUUUUCAUCUGCAAAAAAGGAUUCAAAAUAACCUUAGAGGCAAAAAUGAUGACUCUGACAAGCCAUCUAUUAAACGCAAGAAAACCGAAGAACAGGAUUUAGAUGACAACAAGUGUAAAGAGACAUCACUGAAAAAAAUUAUAUUUAUAGAUAGCACUUGGAACCAAACAAACAAAAUAUUUUCUGAUGAGAGACUUCAAGGGUUGUUACAAGUUGAGUUGAAAACAAGAAAAACUUGCUUUUGGCGCCAUCAAAGAGGAAAGCCAGAUACCUUCCUUUCCACAAUUGAAGCCAUCUACUACUUUCUGGUAGACUACCAUACUGAUGUAUUAAAAGAGAAAUACAAAGGACAAUAUGACAAUCUUUUAUUUUUCUACUCUUUUAUGUACCAGUUGAUAAAGAAUGCCAAAUGCUCUGGAGACAAGGAAACAAGAAAAAUUACUCAUUAGUUUUUAAGAAGCCACUUAUGACAUUUUAUUUUGCUAAAAUCAAUAAACUUGUCAUUGUGCUUUGUUUAUUCUUAGGCAAUAUUCAU